AAUGUCUAUAUCCCCAACAAGUGUUCAACGUUAUGACAAUUCUCCAUAUGUUACCAAAAAAUAAUAAUCUCAAUAUCCAAUUCCUUAAUAAUACCAAUAAUCAACCUAACCACUCAAUUAACCAGAUUAUUUUGAUGAUAAAUAUCGUGAAUUUGAAGAAAGAGAAGAAUAAUACAAUUAUCAAAUCUAAAAAAUGAAUGAUUAUAUUCAAGUAAAUAAACUUAAUAAUCAUAGCAAUUAUAACAUGAUUUGGAUGUAUCUGAACAUGCAAAAUAAGGAUUUGAAUCAGAUUAUUUAAAAGUAGCUCAUGAAUUAUAGCUUUAUAAGGAUCAAUUAAAGAAAUUAUAUACUAUAUAUCAAUAAUAGACUGUUUAAUUUGAAACUAUUAAAAAGAAAACUUAGGAAUCAAAUCAAAAUGUAGAAAGAACAUUUGAAAAGUAAAUUGAAAUAAAAAAUGAUGUUUAAAAUCUUAUCUUAGACAGAGAUCUUUUGUUAAAUAAAUUAGAAUUAGGUGAUAAAUAAUAUAAUUUUGAUGUACAAAGUUUGACUCAAUAACUUAAUGAUAAGAAUGCUGAGAUUUAAGAUUAAAGAAAAAGAAUUAAUGAAUUAACUGAAUCGAAAAGAAAAGCUGAUGAAGAAAUAGCAUCAUUAAGAUUUACAUUAGAUCAUCAGACAGCUAGAUUAGAAGCUGAAUUAAGAGAAAAAGUACUGAAAUUAGAAGCAUUAGAUAAAUAAUUUGCAGAAGCACUAUAUCUCAAAGAUAAUGAAUUAGUAGAUGCAUUUGAUAAAAUUAGAAUCUUAGAACAUGAAGUUAGACGUAUUUUAGAUUUGAAUAGAAGUUAUGCCUAAGAAUUGAGUAUGUUAGCAAGAGAUAAUAGAUUUAAAUAAGAAGAAAUUACUAAAGUUAGAGAAGAUGCUGUAAUUUUUAAAAUAAUUUCUAGAAACCUGCUAUGCCCUAGUAAAUUAGUGUUUAAUCAGGUGGUAUGGAACCUAGAAUGCCACCAGCUUGGGCUGAGAAAUUCCAUAUUAAAAUAGAUGCAUGUUUAGAUUUAUUUGAAAGAAAUCAUGCUAAAUCUUUAAAAUAAUUGUGUAUAAAUCUUUGGAAAACAAAAAUGGAAUUAAAAGCAAGAAAUAAAUAGAAUAAAACUAUGGUUGAAGAGAAUUCAAAUCUUGGCAAAAGUGUAGUUUUAGGUGGAGGAUCUGAUAUGAGAGUUACUACAUAUUUUAUAGAUUCAUUUGUGGCAGCCAUUACUUUUGCCAGAGAUGCUAUAUCUAAUGUAGUUUUUGAUGUUUUUGUCAAAAGUGUUAAUAAAGCAAAUAAUAAAAAACUCAAUUCUUUUGUUCUUUUCUUUGAAUCUCUUAAAGAAAUGUAACAAAAGUCUAGUAAAGGAUUAUGGUUAGCUUUAGAAACUUAUGCUAAAUUAAGAAAAGCUUUACGUCAUUCUGUACCAAUUCUUAUAGAUGCAAAAGUUCAAAAUGGAUUACUUUAGAAAGUAGAAUUAGCUAUGGGUAAAUUACUAAAACAUGAUAUGGAUUUCAGAAAUAAUAUUAAUAAAUGGCUAGAAGGAACUUUGGCCUUUACUGUUUAAAAGAAAGAAGCAGAAGCUUAUGAUAAAAAUAAAGAUUAUCUGUUCUUGUUUAGAUUAUUAACAGUUAAAUAUAGGAUCAAAUUUCCAUUAUAAGGAAAGACAUUUGAGGUUGAUGUAGACAUUGAAACAACUUUAGAACAUAAAAUUUGUUAUGCCUUAAGAAAAGUUGUAAAAUAAUAAUGAUU